GGGUGGGGAGAGGGGAAGGGAAAGGUGUUGCACAGUCGGCGGUGCUGAAGUGGAUAAAGGGGCAAAUUCAUCUAUCUGUUUGUGGAGUUGCCGAAAGUGAGAUUCUGGAAGAAUGGCGAGCAGACGAAUUACUCAGGAGACGUUUGAUAAUGUGGUGCGAGAAAACAUGAUUGAGUUUGAGAUGGAACCAGAGGAGGCUUUGAAAGAGGCAAUACAACAGUUUGAGUCACAAGGUGUUGAUCUUGUCAAUGUGGUGAAAACUGUGCAGAAUUUUACAUCUGAUGAUAGCAACCCGAAGCACCAUGUCCUACAGGUACUGGAUCAUCUUCAGAAAGCUCUGGAUAUGUUGGCUCUUGAUGAAAUGGAGGAACACCUGACUAAUUUUACCGAACAGUGCAGCCUUAAUUUUGCUCACCGCCAUCUGGCAGCUGAGAAGUCUGCUUAUGCCACAGUGCUGUCCUCCUGCAGAACAAUGAUGUCCGAUGGCCCACGCCUGCUGAAGGGAGUCCAGGCCUUGGCUGCUCUUCUGGACGGUCAGCCGGACCUCCUGGACUUGGAGGGCCAGCACCUCCUCCUGGACAUUUUAAAGCAGCAUCAGGAGCUGGCCGUUCUGAAUGCAGCCACCUUCCGUGCCAUUCAUCACGGCUGCCUGAAGCACGAGCAGAACCGGCAAGACCUGGUGCAGUGUGGUGUGCUGCCACUGCUGACUGGUGCUAUCGUCAGCCAUGGCACCAGUGCUGACGUGGUCAGAGAGGCGGCUGGUGUCCUAAGGGUCAUGACCUAUGACGAUGACAUCCGAGUGCCCUUUGGCCACGCCCAUGAUCACGCAAAGAUGAUAGUGAUGGAGAACAACGGACUUCAGGUCAUCAUCGAAGCUGCAAAAGGUUCCGCUUUCACAGAAAACCCCACUGUCCUCAGUGAGCUGUGCUGCACUCUGUCGCGUCUUGCUGUCAGGAAUGAGUUCUGCCAAGACAUUGUGGAUCUAGGAGGUCUGAACUUCAUGGUGGCUCUGCUGGCUGACUGCAUUGAGCAUCGGGAGCUGGUUAGGCAGGUGCUGGGUGCAUUUCGAGCUAUCGCAGGUAAUGAUGAAGUUAAGGAUGCGAUCGUCAAUGCUGGAGGAACGGACCUGAUUAUGUUGGCGAUGAACCGUCACAUGGGAAGUCCACAGGUCUGUGAGCAGGGCUGUGCAGCCUUGAGCAUGCUUGCUCUGCGGAAGCCGGAGAAUUGCCGGGUGAUCAUGGAGGCUGGGGGUGCAUUUUUGACACUGCAGGCGAUGAAGUCCCACCCAGCUGAAGUAAACGUGCAGAAGCAGGCUUGCAUGCUGCUGCGGAACCUGGUGGCACGGAAGCCUGACUUUUCGCAGUCGAUCCUUGAGAUGGGAGCAGAGGUGCUGAUACGACAUGCCAAGGCUACGCACCAGGACUGUGAGGACCUGGCCAAAGCUGCCCUGAGAGAUCUGGGCUGCAGCUUGGAGCUUCGGGAGCUCUGGACGGGACAGAAAGGUGACAUCUCCCGUUAAUCUCUCCCAGAGAUCACACUGGAAUCGGCCAAGACAUUAACCCCCUGGCAAUACAACUCCAGCUCAGAUAUUCAUUGCUGGUUUAGUCAACACUUCUCGCUGACCAUCUGAGAUGUGGUUGAGUUAAACUAGGGCAUCUCUGGGGUGAUUGCAUCAUUACAAUGAGUUAAAAUUUGAACAGCCUCCACUCCCCCACGUCCCCUUACCCUAGACUCCACUGAAGAAAGGCAGAGAGAUAGAAGAACACACGACGAGGAGGCAUUUCACCCUACAAUUUCUACUGAAAGUUAGCACAUCUGAAUGUUCCCUCAGUGCAGCAGGUAAUGUACUUUGGAUAUUCCAUUGCUUUGUGACCCACCUGCACUGUGCUGUCCGUGGAGGUACAGUAGCAGAGUGGAAAAUGUUUGAAGAAUUGAAAUGUUUCAAGAUAACUUCCUUUCAUGUGUGUCUAUUAAAUCCUUUAACACCGUA